CAGAAAACAGGAAACUCGAGUUUUGAAACUCGAAACAUUGUUGUCUUGCAGACAUUUGUAAAGCCAAAUCUGUUGAUAAAAUUCCAGGCUGUCUUUUUAUGGCUUUGCUUGAAAAGCGCAAAUCUUCAUCAAGACUAGACGAUACGAUCCCAUUAACAUGUCACAUCGAAGGGCGGGAUAAAAAUGACUCCUAUGUCGUAAGUUUCAUAUUAAUUUUACUACGUUGUUUUUUUUAAUAAUUUAUUCCUUCCUAGCACUGUUUGUGAAUUUACUCUAAUUUUUGUGGACGUAAUUAGCAACUUUGAUUGGUAUUUUAAUACACCCUAAACAAGAUCUUAAUUGUAUUUUUAUGUUACCGAUUGAGUCUGAUGUGCCAAAACGUUCUUAUAAAACGAUGUAGAAUUUAUCGAUACAUGUGUUUCUUAGAAAUUGAUCGUGGUUUAAUUCUAGGAAUAUUCCAUAAAGGUGCAGAGAGGGCCAAAUCCUGAAAAUCAGUGGAAGGUAGAAGUUAAAAAUAAUAUUUGUUAAUAAUUAAAGAUUUAAAAAAAAUUAAUUGUACUUAUAACCCAUUUUAAUGCAUUACACACUAAAUAUAGUGCACUCUAUUUUGGGGCGAUUUACUGGGGGGGGGUUAGGGGGGUUAAACCCCUCCUAGAAUCUCUCUAACCCCUCUUAUAAAGUGUUCAACCCCACCAAAAUUUUGCUUCACCCCUCCUAUUUUGUGUGAAGUCUUUAACUUUAAUGCCUAACCAGAAAAAAUUGCACCCCACCAGAAAUUUUUCUACCCCUCCUUUAGAAAAAAAUGAAAAUCCACCCUUGCUUACGCCAGAUGAUUUUACUGUCUAAGGCUAGAUGAUUUUACCCUGUCUAUAAACGCCAGACAAAUUAAUCGUCAAGGGAGAGUGCUGUUGCUCAUUGGGUUAAUAAUGAACAAGUCUAUUGGGAAGUUUGAACUCAAAAUUUUUAUUUAUUUUUUGAUGGUCUUUUAUGACAGGUCCUGCAUCGAUACACUGAUUUUGAUUCAAUGAAUAAAGUGCUUGAGGUGACUACAUAUAGAGUAAUCAAUUUUAUGCAUUCUCUUUAAAAAUAGGAUAUUAUUAAUUUACUACAAGAAUGUUGUAAGUAUAUUAUGAUGUGAUGUUUUUGAUAGACGUCGGGUGCCACGUUAUCUCUGCCACCAAAAAAGAUGUUCGGAAAUAUGGACAACGCUUUUAUUGCAGAAAGACUAACUGGCCUGCAGCAAUAUCUCAACUCAAUUGCUCAAGAACCCAUGUUUGUCAGGCACGAAUGUUUCAAACGAUUUAUGGAUCCAAAAAACUACCCGCCAAACAUGGAUGGUGCGUAAUUGCCGUCUUGUUUAGUGACUGACUAAGAAUGAUAGGUUGUACCUAAAACUAUAAAUAAUACAAGCCUUUUCUCUUCAUCAGAUGAAGCAGCAGAGCAGGUCGCAAUGUUUUAUCGAUCUGAGCCAUCUUGGGAAUUAGUUGAAAAUCUUCCAGAUAUUGGUAAAUAAACUUAAUAAAUCAUGUAUUGAAGUAUUUUGUGGUAAAAAGUAUUGCAUUCAUAUGGACAUUCAGUAUACCAGAAGUUAGUAUUUUGCAAUAGACUGAUCAGUGUUCACAGCAAUUAAAAACACUUUAACAUAAUUUGAAGCAAAAGCUUUUUUUUUUAUUGAAUUGUAUUGGCUUCUUUUUAGGAUGGAGAAUCAGAAAACAUUAUUUUCUCACCAAGUAUGCCGGUGCCACACAGAAAAAUGAUCGUCAAAUUUUAUCUUGGGUAUGAAUAAAUUAGCUAAAUGGAACAAAAACCUAGGCUACAAUGUGAUCUGUGUAUUAAACAAAAAUCUUUUUAGGUUGAAUAUGGACCAGAUUUAUAUUUGUCCAUGGAUAAAGAUCUUCCUGCUGCUAUGAAACUGCUCACAAAUAUUUUGGUAGUAAUUGCUACUCUAUGUUGCCUACAUCUGUUAUUUGAUGAAUGCAUGUGUAAACCUACAAGUUAACUGUGGUAUUUAUUGUCACAAUCUAGCAUCCUUACAUUUGUCCAAUCCGCAUUGCAACAGCACAUGAAAAAGGAGCUGUUAUAGUACGGGAUUUUAGACAGUCUGGAACAUUGAAAGAUUUUAUAUGUAAGGUAUGGUAUGGUAUGAAGUGGUAUGAUAUGUGGUAUGGUAGGUAUUGUAUGGUAGGUGUGGUAUGAUGUGUGUGAAAUGGUGCACAGCAAUGGUACGAUGUAUGUUGGUGUUCAAUGUUCAUGGUAUGAUAUACAUGGUGUGGUAUGGUAAUGUAUAGUAUGUAUGCUGUGGUAUCUCUCCUCUGCAGAGCCAAAGGCUUUUAAAAACAAUUAAAAAUGUUCCAUCGUGCCAAAAGCAUGUCUUGCUGUUUAUGUUUAUAACCCCAGCUGCUGACCCCGACUAUAAAUAGCAAGAUGCAAAUCUAAAUCUGUACAGUCUCUUCUGCUCAACCUCUUCUUUUUCUUUGGUAUGGUAUGGUAUAUUAUGGUACGGUAUAUUAUGCGGGUGUGGUAUAUGAUAUGGUAUGAUGUCAUAGUCUGGUUUUGUCUGGUAUGGUAUGGUACUAUGGUAUGGUACUAUGGUAUGGUUCUGUCUGGUAUGGUACCCCAUAAUGGUAAUAUUUACAGAUCUUACCUCUUUAGGCAAAACCAAAACUUGGUCACUUAAAGAAAUAUUGUUAUCCAAAAUUACCAGUUACUAUGCAACUAGAAGAUAUAAGAAGAUGUGGACGGCAGAUUUUAGAGGCUCUGAAAACUCUUCAGGACAAAGGCUUUCCUUAUGGUAUUUUGAAAAUUUGGAAAAAAUCAUAACGUUUUCAUUUCUACUAAUUUGUUAAAUAUAUCUCAUGUUUGAGUGAUUUGUGUUAUCAUUCUGUCAGGUCACCUGCACACUGGAAAUAUUAUCAUGGAAGGAAAUGUUGCUAGGUAGCCUAUAUAUUUUAAAAUGAAAUGAAAUUUUGUCUGUGCUUGUCAUACACACGUAAAAAUGUCACAACUUGUCAACAAGAUGUGUUCGCAACAGGCUUGUAGCAAGCUUGUUGACAAGUUGUAACAAUGCUGCUAUUUUAUCAAGUUGCUGCAAGGUUGUCACUCACAACUUGUUGACAGAUUGCUGAAUUGCAGGACGAUAACAAGUUGUUGGAACAACUUGUAACAAGUCUGUUGAGCUCAACAACCUUGUAGCAAGUUAUCAACUUGUCAACAAGCCGGGAACAAGCAGUGCGAACACAUCCUGAUGACAAGUUGUUGGAACAGCAUUGCUACAAGUCUGCUGCAGGUUUGUUACAACUUGUGCGUUUUUACGUGUGUAGUGGAUAAAACUGCCCUCAGAUAGUGAUUUUUCAACCAUUGUAAAAAUGCAUCUUAUUUUUGCGCAUAAAGGUUACUGGAUAUCGAAAAUGGUUUACUGGGUGUGCCGUCGAUUCAUCGUCAUCAUUUACUGGAGUUGAAAAAAAUUCAGGUCAGGAAGAUUCAUUAUUAAUGAAUGUGCAUUGACUGAUAGAUUGACUCUUUAAAAUUGAAGUGUCGUCAUCUGUUUGCGUAAUUCUUCUCCAACAGAACUUGGAACAGCAAGAUGUUUAUUGUUUUGGACAUGUCUUGUAUGAAAUGACUUUUGGUAAAGAACUUCGCGCCCCAACCACGGACGAAAUACCACCAAACUGCCCGCCAUUACUUGGUAAACGUAUUUAUAAGUUUUUAGUAUAAAUUACCUUGUGAUCAUCUGUUAAACUAAACUAACUUUAUUUGUAUUGGAUAGCUCUAUCAGUUCUAAACUGUUUUUCCCAGAGGUCCAUCAGUAUUACCACAGAGAGAAAGAGAGCUUAUUGUACUGUGUUUUUUAUUUCUUUAGAGCCGAUACUAAGUUCGAUUUUAACCCCAGAUGCAUGUAAAGGAAAUAUCCCAACCGUCAGUGAACUUCUUCAACUUCCGUAAGUGUAAAAAAGAAAGUCUUCACCAAUCCGUAGAUUUUCAAUAAGGUAUCAAACAUAAAACGAUGCGUUUUACGGCCCGGUGGUUGAUACGUGGACUUUGUCUUUCAGAUUUUUUGCAGAUGUACAAUUGGGCCCAGAGGAGAAAAUGUCAUUAAAGGUAGUUACGAUACAGUACGUACAGGUAGAGCGGACUAACUCGCUCUCGCUAGAGCACAGAUUGAUGUACAUGUAUAAUGGGUUAUAUUCUUCAGAUACCUUCUAAACUUAAAGAGGCUCUGAAACAAGUCAAGGAUGGCAUUGAGCAACGGCUGAGGGAUGAUCAGAAACUCGUAAGUCUGACUUUAACUUUAGGUGGCUAUUUGCAGUAAUCAUACUUGGACCCACACUGACCAUCAUCAUGUAUGUCAGUUCCGAUGUCAACCAUCAUUGGGAGUGAAGACAUCCACCCAACCACCCACCCACCCAGUGCCUUCUGGUACACUAGAAGGUCUCAGCAUAAGUUAGAUUUUGUCGUUCAUAGUUAAGUCAGUUUCGAAGGUAUUCAAAAGCUCAAGCCAAAGCGACAUCGAAGGAGGAAAAAGAUAAACGACGACACCAAAGAAAGGUGAGAUUAGUAAUAGACAAUUCCCAUUAUAGACUAAUUUUAAAACUAGGCAAGGAGAUGCAAAUAAAUCACCACAGCUAGAAAGAGCAUAUUCAACAGCUAAAAAGAGGGAAUCAACUACUGUACCUGAAAAAUACAAGGAGAACUUCGACGCAUUGCGACGUUUCGAGCGAAGGGCCUUCGAAGUUCUCCUUGUAUUUUUCGGGUAGUUGAUUCCCUGUCGAUCCACAGACCACCUACAUUGGCACAGACUGACUGUGUUCAUAUGUUUAUUGAAUCAAUGUUUUUCUUGUUUUAAAUGUUUAGCAAAUAAAGAAGCAAGAAUCAUUGGCCGAAAAUCCUACGUCAAAUAGUACCAAACCGCCAAUGAGUACGUGAAAAAAUACACACUUCCUUUGUCAUUUUAUCCCCAUCACAAUUUGAAGAACUUGUAAAUGCUUUAAGAACAUUAAUUACUAAUGUUUAUUAAUAUUAGUCCAUUGCACUGUAACCAGUAGAUUAAUUUUCGCAUCAUAAUCAUUCCUAACUUACUAACCCACUAGAGAAUGUAACUGAGUAUUUUCACCGUAGGUUAAUCUACACUUUAAUGAUCAGAAGUACUUUAACUUAAUCCAGGUCAGUUGCUUAAUGCCAUUGAGCUCCAUAUAUAUCAGGAGUGAGAACUCGGGUCCAAAAAAUGAAGGCAAAGUUCGAGCUAUUGGACGUCAUUCCUUUUCUGUUGUAUUUGUCUGCAGAGAGUGUGUGCCGAAAAAUUUCGUAUUUUGACUUUGAUUUAAUGAACACUAUCGCUUGUAUUCUAAACGCUC